UCAUACAAGAUCAAAACACUGUGAAAGAGGCUGCAAAGCCAAGCAACGAAGGAUAGGAUUUGUAGCGUUCGAGCAGCCACAUAUCCGAAACAGCGAAACUUUGAAAUGGCGACAGCAGUAUCAUCAUCAUCCUUCAUGGCAGUGGCAGCCACCGCCAUUUUGAUUUCACGUGUCCCCGUAGUCAUUAGAACCACCCGUUGCUUUGCCUUGCCGCCCCUCCCUCCUCGCGUCUCCACCUCUUCCUUUUCCUCUUCCGUCAAGCUAAUUCCAGAAUCCAGGAGGUUUUCUCUGUUCCAAACAAAAGCCUCAGAUGAACCCUCUAUUGAAGCUGGGGAUCUUGUCACUGACUUGAAGGAAAAGUGGGAUAAAGUUGAGAACAAGUCCACAGUUCUUCUUUAUGGUGGCGGUGCAAUUGUUGCAGUUUGGGUAUCAUCCAUUCUUGUUAGUGCCAUUAACUCGGUCCCUUUGCUUCCAAAGAUAAUGGAGUUGGUAGGACUUGGAUAUACAGGAUGGUUUGUCUACAGAUACCUUCUCUUCAAGUCAAGCAGGAAAGAACUAGCAACGGAUAUUGAGGCACUGAAGAAGAAGAUUGCCGGAAUCGAGUAGACUCACAAGAUUGGCAUGCUUAGUAAUUUGUGAGCAUUUUCGUUUUGGUCCCUUUGUACACUGUGAAAGAGACAUCCGUUUCCUGUAAUUGGAUGAUUGCCUUGUAUGAAUUCUUGGUUGCUCUGUUCAUUGAAUAAUGCUUUAUAUAUAUAUAAGCCAUGAUGUGGAGAAAGCAACCCUUUUCUUCCAUUCAAAUAUACAUUGAAUUUGACGGUGUAUUAAA